AUGGAUGGAGUUGAAGAAGAUGCGGAACACAAGAAACACAGACAUGGUCCUCUUGGCGGUGCUGCGAAAGUAUCUGUGUGGUGGAAUUUGGAAAACGGGGAUUUUGUCAAUGAAUUUGAUCCUUGUGAAAUAAGUGGCAUAAAAGACAUGGUCCAUUCAAAACUUGAGAAGGAGAGCUGCCGUGGUCCUCUUUCCAUCUUUUGCUACGGAGACGCAACUAAAAUUCGUCCUCGUAUACAGCGUUCUUUUUUCUCCGUCGGAACUCGCAUGAAACAUUAUUUUGAAGGCUCUAAUAUCUCCAGCAAUACUGCCACGAUCUUUUAUAAGUUUGCUCCAGGCUCUAAUAUCUCCAGCAAUACUGCCACAUCUUUUAUAAGUUUGCAGAUCUUGCAAUAUCUCCAUACUUUCAAAGCUCAAAUUCCCGUGAGGGAUCCAGGAAGGGAAUCGGUUGGAUGA